CGAGUAAGGCCCAAGAGCACAGAGCGUUUCCCGUGGCUGCAACAUUAGAAGCGUGUGUGUCUCAAAGCUUCUCUUUCGCAGUUUCUCUCUCUUCUUCUUUCUUCUUCACUUUCUCUUUAUUCCUCCUUAGAUCCUCAGUUCCCAAUCGAGAGCUUUCGUUUCUCUGAACUGAGAUGGCUGGAGGUGUUAUUCGGCAGUUAUUGAGGAGGAAACUCCAGUCUUGUUCUUCUUUCCUGCUCGCGUUGCUGUUGUUACGGCGUUCACCACUAAGGUUGAAACCCUAGAUCAGUGCAGAAGCGGCGGCCAAGUUCUCACUCGCUCGCUCAAUGUCGAAUGUCGGGGAAAAGAAAUAGAAACUCGAUUAAUACUUUUUUCAAAAGGAGCAAGGUGGGAUGAGAUCGACUUUGAGUUCUUGGAAAUUUGAGGGGUGACCCAUACAUCCUCCACACCAACGUGUUUAGCCAAGGCAAGGGUAACCGAGAGCACCAAUUCUACCUCUGGUUUGACCCAAUUGCAGAUUUAUAAGGAUCUGUUAAGCAUGGGCAUGCCUUGUGUGAGCUAAGAAAAGGAGAUGUCAUUGUCCCUAAGUUGAUGAAAUUAUAAUGAAGAAUAUUCAUAGGCAUAAAGUAUAACAUGUGAAAUCAAUGCAAUUAUAUAAUUGUUGCGACACUAUGCUUGGAUGGGAUUUCAGGACUUGGGGUUCCAUCGUUCGGAGCUUGUGUUUAGAUGCAAGACACAGCGAAGCCUUGUCUCUUUUCCACCUCUGCUUAAAGAGUUAUGAAGCUUUUAAACCGGAUCACACGGUCAUCGCUGCCAUUCUCAAGUCUUGUUCUGCUCUUUUGGCUCCCAAAUUGGGCAGAGCUGUGCAUAGUUAUGUUGUUAAACAAGGUCAUAUAUUUUGCCAGGUUACCAAUAAAGGGUUGCUCAACAUGUAUGCCAAAUGUAGCAUGCUUGAUGACUGCCUCAAGCUGUUUGCUCAACUCACUCACCGUGACUCUGUUACUUGGAAUAUUGUUUUGUCUGGGUUUUCAGGGUCGAAGAAAUGUGAUCCGGAUGUGAUGAGGAUAUUUAAGAUGAUGCAUACCAGUGGGGAGGCAAUGCCAAAUUCUAUUUCUGUUGUUACUGUCAUUCCUGUUUUUACUCGUUUAGGGUACCUGAAUGCUGGACUGUGUGUGCAUACUUAUGUUAUCAAGUCUGGUUUCGAACAAGACACCCUUGUUGGAAAUGCUCUCGUGUCAAUGUAUGCAAAGUGUGGGUUGGUGUCUCGAGAAGCAUAUGCUGUCUUUGAUGAUAUUGUUCACAAAGAUGUUGUUUCGUGGAAUGCAAUGAUUGCAGGCUUGGCUGAGAAUGGGUUAGUGGAGGAUGCAUUCUUGUUGUUCAGUUCAAUGUUGAAAGGGCCCAUGCAGCCAAAUUAUGCGACUAUUGCAAAUAUUCUGCCUGUUUGUGCCUCCUUUGAUAAGAGUGUUGCAUACCGUUGUGGAAGGCAAAUCCACUCUUAUGUGCAGCAGUGGUCUGAAUUGUCAGCUGAUAUUUCUGUCUGUAAUGCUUUGAUUAGCUUCUACUUGAAAAUUGGGCUAAUGAGGGAAGCAAAAGCUUUGUUUUGGACAAUGGAUUCAAGGGAUUUGGUCACGUGGAAUACUCUUGUUGCAGGGUAUACAUCAAAUGGAGAAUGGUUAAAAGCACUGCAUCUGUUUGGUAAUUUACUAUCUCUUGAGACAUUAUUGCCAGAUCCUGUGACCAUGGUCAGCAUACUUCCAGUUUGUGCACAAUUGAAAAAUAUGCAGGUGGGGAAACAAAUCCAUGCGUAUAUUUUCAGACGUCCUUUCCUUUUUUAUGAUACUGCUGUUGGAAAUGCUUUAAUCAGUUUCUAUACAAAAUGCGGCUAUACAGAAGAAGCAUAUUAUACCUUUUCCAUGAUACCCAGGAAAGAUUUGAUUUCGUGGAAUUCUAUUUUUGAUGCCUUUGGCGAGAAGAGGCAUCAUUCAAAAUUUAUUGACUUGUUACAUUGGAUGCUUAGACUCAGAAUUAGACCUGAUUCAGUUACAAUGCUGACCAUAAUCCGAUUUUCUGUCUCUCUUUCGAGAGUGGAAAAGGUUAAAGAAAUACAUAACUAUUCAAUUAGAACUGGAUCUUUAUUAAGUGAUACUGCACUAACAGUUGGGAAUGCAAUACUUGAUGCAUAUUCCAAAUGUGGAAACAUGGAGUAUGCAAACAAAAUGUUUCAGAAUCUAUCAGAAAAAAGGAAUUUGGUCACAUGCAAUUCACUGAUAUCUGGUUAUGUGGGUUUAGGAUCACAUCAUGAUGCAAACAUAAUAUUUAGUGGGAUGUCAGAGACUGACCUUACAACAUGGAAUCUUAUGGUUCGGGUAUAUGCAGAAAAUGAUUGUCCUGAACAAGCUCUUAAAUUGUUCCAUGCGUUACAAGCUCGAGGGAUGAAGCCUGAUAUGGUGACUAUCAUGAGCCUCCUUCCAGUCUGCACACAAAUGGCAUCAGUACACUUGUUGAGCCAGUGCCAUGGGUAUAUUAUUCGGUCAUUUUUGAAGGAUCUUCACCUCGAAGUUGCCCUCUUAGAUGCAUAUGCCAAAUGCGGCCUCAUAGGUCAUGCAUAUAAGAUAUUUCAAUUGAGUGCUGAUAAGGAUCUGGUUAUGUUUACUGCUAUGAUUGGUGGGUAUGCUAUGCAUGGCAUGAGUGAAAAAGCACUACGGAUAUUUUCUCAUAUGCUGAAGUUGGGAAUACAGCCAGAUCAUAUCAUCUUUACUUCCAUAUUAUCUGCUUGCAGUCAUACUGGCCGAGUAGAUGAGGGACUGAAGAUAUUUUAUUCAAUAGAGGAACUUCAUGGUAUGAAACCAACUUUGGUGCAUUAUGCAUGUGUGGUGGAUCUCCUGGCUCGAGGUGGCCGUAUUAGUGAAGCAUACUCUCUUGCGAAUAGUUUGCCAAUUGAAGUUAAUGCUAAUCUUUGGGGGACAUUGCUUGGUGCCUGUAAAACCCACCAUGAAGUAGAAUUGGGGCGUAUUGUAGCAAACCAACUCUUCAAAAUUGAAGCUAACAAUAUAGGAAACUACAUUGUACUAUCAAAUUUGUUCGCAGCAGAUGCUAGAUGGGACGGGGUAAUGGAAGUGAGAAGAAUGAUGAGGAACAAAGAUUUGAAAAAGCCAGUUGGAUGCAGCUGUAUCGAAGUAGAGAGAUCAAAUAACAUUUUUGUGGCUGGAGACUGUUCCCACCCCCAAAGAAGCAUUAUUUACAGUACACUACACACAUUGGAUCAACAAGUUAAAGAACCCGUGGAGUUUUUAGCUUAAUCCUGGAUAAGUAUUAUGGCAUCAGACAUAUUUAUUGACCCACCCUUCCAAGAAUUUAUUUAUUCUUUCAAUAGGCUUAAAAAUACUUACUUGUAUGGAUCACCACUUUAUUAACUGAGUAGACUAAACUAAUUAGUGAUAGAUAAAUUGAACUAGUUCAUGGUUUGAUUUCUGCAUCAUUUUCAUCAAGAUAAAUCUGAAACCGCGCAUACUAUUCAUUUAGGUUCUCCAUCAUUUCAAUUAAAGUUCAAUUCAUUAUCCCAUUAGAUUUCAUGCAUCAUGCAUUGCAUUCAUGCAUAUCUUAGUUUAGUUUCAUCAUGCAUUUAAAUAGUUAGCUUCAAUUAAAAUAAAUUCUUCUUUUCUUUAUUUUAAUUUAUCCCCCUUUGUUUUCUUAUAUUUUAAUUUUAGCGAGAUUAAAUUAUGCAAGCUAGGCUCAAUAUGUACCAUUUCCUUGGAUUUGAUACCCAGGAUUUCCCUAUACUUCAUUAGGGGGAAUUUGGUUUUGUUACUCUAAUGCGACUGAAAAAUAUGAGUUAACAAAAUGGUAUUUUGUUGCAUUUUAGUUCUCUUCUUUUUAAGAUUCCCUUUUUAAUAAAACUAAUUUGUCAAGAUACCCUCUUAAUUGUACUAAAUUGAAUCUGACCCCUUGAUCUAACUUUUCUUUUAUUGCAUAGGUGCCCGUAGUCAAUUCAUUUGCUGAUGGUCAAAAUGCACAUUUUAUUAAAAGCAAAUCAAGGGAGCCAACGCUGACCCAAGCCUGAUGCACGAGAGAAAAUCGUAAUCGGAGAGAAGGGCUGACACGUGAUCAAGCGAGAGGAUGCGUGAACCUGAUCUGAUCUUUGAGAGAGAGACCGAGGCUGAUCGUGAUGGAUGGAGAUGAUUCAAAGAUCAAAAUGGAGUGAGAGCAUGGCUGAUUGGAGAUGGACGAACGAGAGAGAAUCCAUGUUGACCAAGGGCAACGAAGACGAGGAUUUCAAGGGCGAUUCUGGUUCAAGAAGAGGAUUCGGGUUAGGUUUUCAAGUUUUCUGAUUUAUUUCGUGGGGGUUUAUAAGGGAUGAGUUAAGGUUUUUUUGUUGAGGGGCCCUGGUUGCACGAGUAGAAACAUGUCAAGAGGCUAGGGUUCAUGUUCAUUGUGAGCGAGGGAGAGUGUAUUGUAAAAGGUGUUCCUCCAUUUUCUAAUGAGCGCAAAGUAGCCUUUAGAGAUUAGGUUUUCUCCUUAGCAUGUGGGUAGCUCUACUUGGCCUUUCACGAACACAAAGUGGCCGGAAUUGUGCCAAGUGAGCCUCCUUCACUAAUUAGAUUUUAGAACUCUUCUUUUUCUCGUGUAACACUUCAGUUUGCAAUGAAUACUCUGAUCUAAUUCCAUUCCAAUUUCCAUUUCUGA